AUGGCAUAUAAUAAUCAAGGUUUGCAAGCCAUUCAAGAAAUUCUAUGUCCAAAUAAUAUUGCACAAGAUACUGAAAUCAAACACGAGAGUGAUAAUAAUUCAAUAACUGAGGGUUCUGAUAAAGAUCAGUUUACUGAAAAUAAUACUCAAAAAAUCAUUAAGGCUACCAACAUAUCUUCUUCAACAACCAACACUGAGUUCAUACCCCAAAUCUUUUAUGGUUUGCAUAAUAUAAUGAAAAAUCCAAAUAUCUCUAAUCAAUUGGAAACAUCUACUGGGGUUAUCAGGCAUAAACUAAGAUCCUCAAAACAAAUAUUAAUGGAACAUGAUGAUACCAGAAUUUUACUGAAUAAAUCGAUACCCACCUGGGAGAAUUUUAUUCAAUUAAAGGAACGUGAAUUAGCUAUGAAAAGAAAUGUUUUGAAAAAUCUAAGCCAGAAGAUCAAAGAUAUGAGUGAAACUACUACAUUGUAA